AUGAGGAGGGAAGGAUGGGCCUGGAACACGGACUGGCGAUGGCGCCGCUCGCGGCAAACUGGGAUUAAACAGUAUGGUAACGUUCCUCGUUUCUUCUCUCGCCGCCCUCAUUUCUGUCUCGUGCUGUCGUCUCCACCCCCGGCCUCGCCGGCACCCAUCAGCCCCGCGUGUCGCACUGGGCGCCCAUCCCGCUGCCUCCGCUCACCGCCGCGCGCACGCACACCAUUCCUCUUUCACUCGCUUUCCGUGCCACGGACAUCUGUCAUCUCCGCCAUCCUUCUCUUCCUCCUCCUCCUCAUCCUCCCCUUCCGCCGGGACCCUCCUGGAGCGUCUCGUCCACCGCCGCUGGAUAACGCCGACAUCGACCAUUGCUGUCUGGAUAAGAGCGAGGUGACUACCCUGGGCCUGCCCCCCGCCACCAGCCAUGGCGGCUCUGACAGCAACAUCAGCGUGGAGGGAGCAGGGGCGGCGGCCGGGCUCGUGGCGGGGGGAGCCGAGGGGCCUGGGCCCGUGGAGCCUCAGCGGACGCGGGCCGCUCUGGAGCACCUGCAGCAGAAGAUCCUGAAGAUCACAGAGCAGAUUCGCGUGGAGCAGGAGGCCCGCGAUGACAACGUGGCCGAGUACCUCAAGUUGGCCCACAACGCGGACAAGCAGCAGGCCUCGCGCAUCAAGCAGGUGUUUGAGAAGAAGAACCAGAAGUCAGCGCAGACCAUCGCCCACUUGCACAAGAAACUCGAACACUAUCAUAGGAAGCUGAAGGAGAUUGAGCAGAAUGGGCCAGCCCGACAGCCUAAGGAUGUCCUACGGGACAUGCAGCAAGGAUUAAAAGACGUCGGAGCCAACGUACGUGCUGGGAUCAGCGGUUUCGGCGGCGGGGUAGUGGAGGGGGUCAAGGGAGGGGUAUCGGCCCUCACACACACGGCCGUGGUGUCAAAGCCGAGGGAGUUUGCCAGCCUCAUCCGAAACAAGUUCGGCAGCGCGGAUAACAUCGCCCACCUCAAAGACACCCUGGAGGAUGGCGUUGGGGGGCAUCCCGAUGAUGCGCCCACACCCCGGACACUGAGCGGUAGCGCCACGCUGGUCUCCAGCCCCAAGUACGGCAGCGACGACGAGUGCUCCAGCGCCACCUCUGGCUCGGGGGCAGGCAGUAAUUCUGGUGGGGCAGGGGGAGGAGCAGGGGGAGGAGCAGUAGGAGCAGGAGGAGGAGCAGUAGGAGCAGGAGCAGGAGGAGCGGGUAUGUCCGGGCUAGGGCCGACCAUGGGCAGUCCCAGACUAGAUGGACACCAUCAUCACCAUCAUCAUAUGCACAGCUCUUGGGACACUCUGCUGGAGGGCUUGCAGGAGAUCAAGGCCAGCCAGGUGCACAUGGAGGAUGCCAUCGAGGACAUGAAGGGCCAGCUGCAGAGUGACUACACCUACAUGACCCAGUGCCUGCAAGAGGAGAGAUACCGGUACGAGCGGCUUGAGGAGCAGCUGAAUGACUUAACUGAGCUGCACCAGAAUGAGAUGACCAACCUUAAACAGGAACUGGCCAGUAUGGAGGAGAAAGUGGCCUACCAGUCCUAUGAAAGAGCCAGAGACAUUCAGGAAGCCGUGGAGUCGUGUCUGACACGCAUCACCAAGCUGGAGCUGCAGCAGCAGCAGCAGCAGGUGGUCCAGCUGGAGGGCGUGGAGAACGCCAACGCCCGCGUUCUGCUGGGCAAGCUCAUCAAUGUCAUCCUGGCUCUGAUGGCCGUGCUGCUGGUCUUCGUCUCCACCCUGGCCAACUUCAUCACCCCGCUCAUGAAGACCCGAGCGCGGGUGGCUGCCACGGUCCUCCUGACCCUGCUGCUGUUUGUUUUCUGGAAGCACUGGGACUUCUUGGAGCUGUGA